CGGAAAGCCCGCGGACAAGUGCGGAGAAUGUGAAGAAAAGAUGCGUCAUUUUGUACCAUCAACAGCUCAUUCUAGCCGCCUCUACAGCUCCUGCAGGCAUGGAAAAGACUAAAGAGACGAAAGAGGGAGAUCCCAAGACCAACCAGCUUGAUAAAGGAGAGCUCAUUGUGGAGGAAUUGCUAGAAGAAUGUUUAAAAGAUGUUUAUUCAGAAACUCAAUGGGACAUAACUAAGAGGGCCCGGUUACUAGAGAUAGGAGGAAGGAGAGAGUUAACAAAAGGUGACCAAUGGUGGGAUUUCGAGUCAAUUAUAACUAACCACGCCCAUUCCCGUAUAUUAACUCAUUAUACUUUGAGGCCAUGCCCACAUGUAUCGGUACUACAGUUAAAGGUUGUUGAACAGAAAGCCUCCGGCUAUUGUGGCUAUUAUGCACUACACUAUGCUCUCUGUCUGCUGGAGGCGUGUCACUCGUCAAGUGAGGGGGCGGUAGUUGGUUUGCUAGAGGAAACUGCAUCAGUGGGUGGAGUCUGGAGAAGGUAUUGGUACUCUGUUUCUCAGUUGUUGGUCAGGGGGCGGAGUGAGGAGGCAUGGCCUUGGACAGAGGAAUACAUAACCAAGGGAGACUUGGAAAGGAGCUUUCUCCAGUAUUUAUGUGACGUUGAUCCUCAUUUGAACUUUGAUAUGGAAAUUAAAAACAAAUUAAUCAUUUUACAGUUCUCUUUCGGUUCAUUACAAGACAGUUUUGAGAUGAUUUGUGAAACUCAAGAUAAAAUCUCUUCGUUUGUAAAGAACACCACAAGUCCUGCCCACCUCAUAUUUAUCCUGGGAGUGACCAAUCACUGGCUGACACUCCUCGCCUACAAAAGAAAAGAGGCGUGUCCCUGUCACCAUGGUAACGAGGGCUGCGGGAGCGUCCAGAUGCUUUACAUGGAUUCAAAUAACACCCCGGCCAUUUCUCUCUCUGAUGAAGGAAUUGAGGAUUACGUGAAGGAGCAGGAGAAGAAGAAGAAGGCAGUUAAAGGUUAUGGCUACCAAACGUGGAAGAGAAAUAUAAUCAAGCAAGCUUAUGUAGACCAGAGGACAAUCGUUGAUAGGAUCAGUCGUUACCUCAGUGGUGAGGCAGACAUGAUAGAGGAAGUGAUCAGUGAAUACGUUGAUAAGUUAUUGAUCAGUUUUAACACUCACGUUGAGAAAUCAUUGAUUUCGGCUGAUCCUGAUUUCUACAUCCCUCUCCUCCUGAGUUGGCUCGAGGGCCAGUAUCCGGUUAAGGUUUUACGAGAUAAUGUGUUACCUUUUAUCAGUAGCUCCACCAUCAGCCAUCUCACGAGUAGAGAUGAGAAUAUAAAAGGAGACCAUUUUCCUUCUGUUCCUCUCCCCCUCUCUCGAUUAAGAGACUGGGCGAGUCUCAAUCAUUCAAGGCUUGCUGGCUUAAGCUCAGACUCGUUUGGGAUUGAUCAAAUUGAUUCUUUUGCGUCUCUUUUAUCUGCCAUUUUGGAGAAAUUGUGAUCAAAAGGGAAGGAAGAUCUGACACAUUUUUCACAUACAUACAUGUAUGUGAAUUCUAAUAUAAUACAUGUAUGCAUAAGGGAGAGUAUUAAUGUACAUAAAUUCUAUAUGUAUUCUUUGUCAAAGUUAUUUUUAUAAUCAUAAAAUGUGAAAUUACUUUUUUUAAAAUAAUAAUUUAAUAUACAACUAUAACCAAGCAAGUAAAGACCAAUGUUGAGUAAUUGACUCUGUUCAUGGAUUGUCCUCUUCAUUGAUACAUUCAGCUCCUAUUUUCUUGAUUAUCUAGAUUCUCUUCCUCUUGUCGUUUCUCUUCAAGCUCUUGACGUCUCCUCGUCGUUUCUUUUCUUGCGUAAUCCUUGUCUUUCUUUAACAGUGUGAUACGGUAUUGCUCCUUCAUGUGUUCC